AUGGGUACACACCUCCUGCUCCAGGCCUGUGCAUCUCUCCUGGCUCUGACGUUCUUCAUGAAAGGCGCCCUGGCCCUGGAGUGCCACAGCUGCGUAGACUUGGGUGACGGUGGCUGCAAUGCGGACAAGAUGAAGAAAGUGACGUGUCCAGCGUCCUCCCAUGUCUGUGUGGAAACUGUGGCUGCCGUGGGGUGGAGUCAUGGGAAGUUCUCCGUUGGUGAGAAGGGCUGUGGGUUAGGCAUGUCAGGCAAAAACGACAAAGCGGUCGAAGUCCAUGGGAUUGUGGCGUUCUCCCAGUUGCACCAGUGCAACAGCAGCCACUGCAACACUGAACUGGACAUCAGAAGCCUGGAGCUGCAACCCGUGGGAAACGAAAGUGCGAGAGUUGCAAAUGGUGUGGAAUGCUACAGCUGCAGCGGCAAUGACUGUGCGAUAAGCAACUCUACCAUAGUCAAAUGUUAUGACUCCUUCCGGGGCUGUUUCCACGGCAACGUUACAAUGAGAGCUGGCAAUUUCACACUAACCAGGCCUAUCAAAGGCUGUGUUGAGGAUGAGGAGUGUACCAAGGUGAAAAAGGGAAGCCCGGCCAUCACCCUGGUAGGUUCCUGCUGCUCUGGAAGCCUCUGCAAUGUUGACCUCUCCAACAAAACGCACUUCGCUGCCAAGAUCCCUCAGCUCACAGUUCUGCCUGGUCAAGGCACGGUUGUUACCACAGCCGCUCCAACGACAGCAAAUGCUCGUAUCAACAUGGCAGCCCCAUCUGCUGCCAGCAAGCCAACUCAUUCCACUGUGGUGACGUCACCAACGUCUGCUCAGCCUGACAAUGGCCACGACCACAGCCGUGACCACGAUGAUGACCACGACCAAGACCAUGACCGUGACGGUGAUGAUCACAAAAUCACCUCAGUGAGGGAUGGCAACAUGGUCACUGCUGUGAAAGUUGAAGAGAGGCACAACGGAUACGUGCAGGUGACUACUGGCCCAAAGGGAGGUGCAGCAGGCCUGGGUGGAUCAGUCUUGCUGCUCUUGCUGACUGGGUUGCUUCAGUAA